AUGUUCGCGGAGCUGAAUCAGCUGCUGGACGCUUCCCCGCAGCGACCGGAGACGGGGAAAUUUACACUGCUGCGAGACACCAGAACAGAUGGCAGCUUCCUGGUGCACCAUUUCCUCUCCUUUUACCUCAGAGCUGGCUGUAAGGUUUGCUUUGUGGCCCUGCUCCAGUCCUUCAGUCACUACAGCAUCGUCGCCCAGAAGCUGGGAGUCAAUCUGACAGCUGCCAAGGAACGGGGCCAACUUGUCUUCCUGGAAGGGCUCAAGUCCUGCCUUGACCUCUGCUUUGGAGAGGAGGAGGAGCAGUUAAGAGAGCCCAGUGCUCUGCAGUUUCUAAGGUAAGCUUGAGCUGAGAACCUCAAAGCCUUGUUUGACUUCGUGCAGACAUCCCUGACCCCUGCUGGCAGUGACACCUGGAAGGGUCCUGUGCUGCUGGUGGAUGACCUCAGCGUCCUGCUCAGCCUGGGAGCCACACCGGUGGCAGUGCUGGACUUCAUCCACUACUGCAGAGUCACAGUGUGCUCCCAGCUGAAGGGAAACAUUGUGGUGCUGGUUCACAACCACCAGGAUUCGGGAGACGAGGAAAACGAGCUGGUGGGGAACUGCCUGUGUCAUCACAGUGACCUCAUCCUCUGGGCAGAGGGGCUGGCCACUGGCUUCUGCAGGGAUGUCCAUGGGCAGAUUAAGAUCAUCAAGAGAGUGUCCUUGGAGCUGAGAGGGGAGCAGGACCAUGUCCAGAUCUACCAGUACAAGAUCCAGGAUAAGAAUGUCUCCUUCUUCGCCCCAGGGCUGUCAGCUGCAGUCCUGUGAUGCUGUGAUCUGC